AUGGCCGAACCACCCAUCGUGCUCGAUGGGGGUACCGGUUUCCUCAAGGUCGGCUAUGCAGCUCAAAACUUCCCCGAGCAUCAAUUCCCCUCCAUAGUCGGCCGGCCAAUUCUGCGUUCGGAAGAGCGGGCAGGAGACAUCGUGGUCAAGGACAUUAUGUGUGGAGACGAGGCUGCUGCAGCAAGAUCGAUGCUGCAAAUAAGUUACCCUAUGGAAAACGGCAUCGUCAAGAAGUGGGACGACAUGCAACAUCUCUGGGACUUUACCUUCUAUGAAAAGUUGAAGAUAGACCCCAGAGGUCGCAAAAUCCUCCUGACCGAGCCACCAAUGAACCCGCUCAAGAACCGCGAGCAGAUGUGCGAGGUCAUGUUUGAGCGCUACGGGUUUGGUGGGGUAUACGUCGCCAUCCAAGCGGUGUUGGCCCUCUACGCACAAGGCCUCUCCUCAGGUGUGGUUGUCGAUUCCGGCGACGGUGUCACACACAUCGUGCCCGUGUACGAAUCCACAGUCCUCAACCAUCUCACUCGACGCCUAGAUGUGGCCGGCCGCGACGUAACCCGGAACCUGAUCGCCCUCCUCCUGCGACGAGGUUACGCACUCAAUCGUACCGCCGACUUCGAAACCGUGCGUCAAAUUAAAGAGAAACUAUGCUACGUGUCAUACGACCUGACACUCGAUCAACGUCUAUCGGAAGAAACCACCGUCCUGGUCGAGUCCUACACAUUACCAGACGGCCGCGUAAUCCGCGUAGGCAGCGAGCGCUUCGAAGCCCCCGAAUGUCUCUUCCAACCGCACCUGGUCGACGUCGAACAACCCGGCAUCGCCGAAUUCCUAUUCAACACCAUCCAAUCUGCCGACGUGGACGUUCGGUCUUCUCUGUACAAAGCCAUUGUCCUCUCUGGCGGCAGCAGCAUGUAUCCCGGCCUCCCCUCGCGCCUGGAGAAGGAACUCAAACAGCUCUGGCUGACCCGUGUGCUGGGCGGGAAUCCGGAACGACUGAACAAAUUCAAGGUGCGGAUCGAGGAUCCCCCCCGGAGGAGACACAUGGUGUUUUUGGGCGGUGCCGUCCUAGCCAACAUCAUGGCAGACAAGGAGAAUAUGUGGAUCUCCAAGCAGGAGUGGGAGGAGCAAGGGCCCCGAGUGCUCGAGAAGUUGGGUCCGAGAUAG